AUGGACACAGACGAGACCCCGCGCAUGUUAGGGGCACUAUCGCCUCGUGAUGACUUGAAAGAUUCGGUAAACAGACAGUCGGCGGUGGAAAAUGGCGACACACGCUUCUUGGGAGUGACCUCUGACAGCAAGGCCCUUUCGAGGUCACCGUCCGUGCUCAACGACGUGCAGAUGCGCGAAGACGGCGACGACGAUAGCGACAGCGGAGACGAUGACGAAAGCACGGCCGGCGGGGCCCCCGUCACGGCAGCCGUGUCGUCGGAUGCAGCGUCGGCAGCGCCGCUCUCCAAGAACCAACAGAAGCGACUCAAGCGGCAGCUGAAGUGGGAAGGCGGACGUGAGGACCGCAAGCGCAAGCGGAAAGAGAGACGGCACCAGAAGCAGGUGCAACGGCGGGCGGCCAAGAGGGAGAAGCGGGAAGCGGAAGGCACAGCGGCGCCAGACACGACGACCGAGGUUAGCGGCGAGGUAGCACCGGUGAAGGAGCGGGUGCUCGUGCCGAUUAGCCUGAUCUUUGACUGCGCGUUCGAGUCGUAUAUGCGGGACACGGAGCUCAUCUCGCUGUCGGGCCAGAUCACGCGGUCGUACUCGGCCAACCGGAUGGCGACGCGGCAGACGCGCAUCUUUGUCAGCUCAUGGCAGGGCAAGCUGCGGGAGCGCUACGAGACGCUGCUGGCGAACCAGCACAAGCGGUGGCAGCAUGCCUACUUUGUGGAGGAGGACUUUAUGGGUGCGGGACGGCAGGCCGAGGCGGCCAUGCGGCGGGAGGGCGGGGGGGUGGUCGUGGAUGUGCUGGGCGACGCGGACAAGGAGGCGAAAGAAGCGAAAGAGGAAGCUACUUCAGGGCUGCACUCGGUAGUCUACCUGACAUCCGAUUCGCCGCACACGUUGACGCGGCUGGAGCCGUACACGAGCUACGUGAUCGGCGGCAUCGUCGACAAGAACCGCGAGAAGGGCCUCUGCUACCGGCGGGCACAGGAGCACGGCGUGCGCACGGCCAAGCUGCCGAUCGGCGACUACAUGGUGAUGGCUAGCCGAAAGGUGCUGACGACGAACCACGUGGUGGAGAUUAUGCUGCAGUGGCUAGAGACGGGCGACUGGGCGACGGCGUUUGAACGCGUGAUGCCGAAGCGCAAGGGUGGCCGGCUGCGGGAACCAGGGGCCAGCAAAGACGGCGAGGGCGAGGGCGAGGGCGAGGAUGAGGAUGGAGAGGGUGAAGACAACGAGGACGAUGAGGAUGAAAACGAAGCCGAGACUGGAGCCGAGGGUAACAACAGCCAGGACCAAGUCGUCGUGGAUGCGGAAGUCCAGACGACGACAAAGGCGGCAGCAGAGGCAUAG